AUGGCACGGCUGUCUCGGAGCUCCCCAGCUCCUAGCAGCUCUAGUACUGCCUUCGCUUUUCUCACUAUCUUUUCUUUAAUCACUUUCGUUUCUCAGUUUGCCCAUGCACUCGUUCACCUCCCGGAGGAGGUAGGGUAUAACCUGAACGAAAACGUCACGGCUGUGAACCCUCUGGACUACUGGGGCGAAUGGCAGAACCACACUUUCAACGGCUCCCCCACUAAUUGGAGAUUUCCGUUCUACACAGUCUUUUUGGACAAGUUUGUCAAUGGGGAUCCGAGGAAUGACGAUGCGAACGGGACGGUGUUCGAACAUGAUGUUAUGGGGAAUCAGAUGCGGCAUGGCGGUGAUGUGAAGGGUUUGAUGGAUAGUUUGGAUUAUCUUCAGGGGAUGGGUAUCAAGGUUUGCAUAGGCAUUUGAGGUCAAGUUUUGCCUUGGUUGCUAAUAGAUGGUCACUUUAGGGGAUAUAUAUUGCAGGAACGCCGUUUAUUAACAUGCCCUGGGGUGCCGAUGGCUAUUCUCCUCUUGAUCUGACUCUCCUGGAUAAGCACUUUGGAGAUAUUGAGGAAUGGAGGAUGGCUAUCACCGAGAUCCAUUCCCGGGAUAUGUAUGUUGUCCUGGAUUGUACCGUGGCUACGUAAGUUUACACCGGGGCAAAUGGCCGCCAGUUUCUUGAGCUAACGUUUGGAUAGUAUGGGUGACUUGAUUGGCUUUGAGGGUUACCUGAACACAACUACACCCUUCACUUUGGACGAACAUAAAGUCCAAUGGAAAGGUGAAAGAAGGUAUCGCGACUUUGAAAUCAACAACAACUACAAGGAAGAGUGCCAGUACCCACGAUUCUGGCAAGAGACUGGCUACCGCGUGUAUCCUGCUGUCAAGGGGUGCUACGACGAGUUAGUACCCUCAUCCAAUUAGUACCUCCCAUCCAACGAAAGGAUACUGACUCCGGUGCACAGUGACUUCGACCACUACGGCGACACCGAAGCCUUCGGUAUCUUCCCAGAUUGGCAAAGACAACUCUCAAAAUUCGCCUCCGUGCAGGAUCGUUUGCGAGAAUGGAAACCCAGCGUGGCCCGCCGCAUCGAGCAUUUUGCCUGCAUCACCAUCGCAAUGCUCGACAUCGAUGGCUUCCGCAUUGACAAGGCUACACAGAUCACCGUGGAUAUGCUCGGUGACUGGUCCGACGCGGUCCGGCAGUGCGCGCGCAAGUUCGGUAAAGAGAACUUCUUCAUCCCGGGAGAGAUUACGGGUGGUGAUACCUUUGGGUCCGUUUACCUUGGCAGGGGCCGACAGCCGGAUAUGCGACCGGCGGACGUCAAGGAGGCCUUCUCGCUCACAACCGACUCGGAUAAUAAGUAUUUCAUCCGCGAGAAGGGGAAGAAUGCGCUCGAUGCCGGCGCGUUCCAUUAUUCGGUUUACAGAUCUUUGACAAGGUUCCUAGGAAUGGACGGUAAUUUGGCAGCUGGGUUUGACACACCAGAAGAUUGGGUGAAUAUGUGGAAUACUAUGGCUGUUAGCAACGACCUGGUCAACGCGAAUACAGGGCGGCUUGAUCCGAGACAUAUGUAUGGUGUCACGAAUCAGGAUGUGUUCCGCUGGCCCGCGAUUAAAGAUGGUGAGCACAGGAUGUUACUUGGUCUAUUCAUUACGACCCUGCUCAUGCCGGGUAUUCCCAAGGUAUGUUUGCCGCGGGAGCGGCUGCUAUUCUGUGUCUGAAUUAAGCGAUACGAUAAGCGAGGCUAAUGAUUAUCUAUGUAGCUUCUCUGGGGUGAGGAACAAGCGAUGUACGUAUUGGACAACACCGCUAACAACUACAUUUUCGGCCGUCAGGCGAUGUCUUCCGCCCUCGCGUGGCAAACCCACGGGUGCUACAAGCUUGGCUCCUCGCAGUACUUCAACUUCCCACUCGAUAAGGCUCUUCGAGGCUGCGAGGAUGACUGGAAUAGUCUUGAUCAUCGCGAUCCAAGUAAUGUCAUUCGCAACGUUCUCAAAGCGAUGUAUCACAUGCGCCUUUCAUUCCCGACCUUAAACGACGGCUUCCAACUCGAACAGCUUUCAAAUCUUACCCGCGAGGUUUUCCUCCCCGGUUCUGGCGACACGCCGACGGAAACGGGUAUCUGGUCCGUUGUCCGCGGUAAUUUCGACGGGGCCCAAAAUUUAGGUGAACUCGGUGGAGGCGGAAACCAGAGCGUCUGGUUGGUCUUCUCGAACACUAACGAGACGACAAAGUUCGAGUUCGACUGCGAUGAUGCGAAAAAGAACCUCCUUGCACCGUUCAAGCAGGGCACUGUCGUGCAAAAUUUGUUCUUUCCAUACGAGGAGUACACGCUUAAGGCGUCUAAGCAGGAGUUCUUCGUGGACUCAGUGAAGGAACUACGUGGCUGUCUGGACAGUAUGGAAAUGCCAGCGUGGGGUUUCAAAGCCCUCGUGCCUAAAGAGAAAUUCGUGGGAAAUCGUCCCUCAAUCACGAAAUUCUCACCAGGCCACGACGCCCGCAUGCUUUCCAAAGUCGCGGCUGGCAAACCCCAAGACGUAGAUAUCGGCUUAACAUUUACCCACGAGAUGGACUGCGACAGCCUAAAACAGGUAAUAACCAUCUCUUCCAGAACCGAACGACCCGAAGAAAAAGCCCGCUUCGAAGACAUCCGCUGCGAGAGGGUGCAAAACAUUACGAAGGGCAAAGUCGUUGGCGCGCCGCCGGCCUCCUUCGAAUUCAAAGCGACGCUGAAAAACGUCUAUGAUGGGGUCCACACGGUCACCGUGCGCAACGCUAGUGCCGAUGAUGGACAGUUCUAUACCUCAGCCACAGAUAACUUCCUUUUCCGCAUCGGGCAGCGCGAUAACCCAAUCGUCUUCCCUCGAACGGCGAACUACACCCUGGGCCUGUUGCACAAGGAGAACGAGCGCUUCUACGUUUCGCAGAAAGCAGCGGGGGCAGAUUUGUUCCGCUACUCGACAAAUUGGGGCUCCAGCUGGAGCGCUUGGCAAGCCUACCGUGGUGGGAACGUCACGAUUGAUCGGCAAUCCUGGUCUGGUACGAAGAAACAGGCAUGGAAGGGGGAGCACAUCAUCAUGCAGUACUGGAGCGAGCCUGCUGGCUCAUCGGAUCAUAUCCAGCAUGCAGACUUUGGACUUCCGUCUGAUUCUCUGGUGUCUAGGCGGUUCCCGCACUUGUUCCUCCACGGCCCGUUUAACCUCUAUGGAUACGACGCUGGGACUAAGAACGAAAUGAAGUUGCUCAAAGAUGGGAAGUGGAAGUUCGACUUCAUGGCUGAGUGGCCGACCAAGUUCCAUUUCAACGUUUGGGGAAUCAACCGCAACGGGAAGCCGGAUUCUACUUUCGUCUAUGGAGAUGUUAAUAGAGACGGAGUACUGGACCGCAUGCCACCCUCCGCCCUCGCCGAGAGCGUAGUGAAUGUUACAGCUGCGCCGCCGAAAGGGUACCUAUCAUACCGCAUCAUCCUUGACGACGGAACAUACAACUACCGCAUGAUCCCGGCGGGUUCAAGCGCGAUCCAGAUCGCAAUCUUCGCCUUGCUGUUCGCGAUCCCGGUGCUCACAGGCUUCGUUGCGGUAUGGACGUUCAUGGCGGGCUUCUACCAGGUCAAGACAAACACGAAGGGAAUAGCCAUAAAACGCAGCAUCCUCCCAAUCGCGCUGGCGAAAUCAAUGUUUUAUAAACGCCUGAAUAACUCCAGCACCGCCAUAACCGACGAGAAGAGGGCAGCAGAGACGGGCGGAGGCACGUCGGGGUUGACCACCGCAGGUCAGACACCGCCAAAGCGGCCGUCGGUACUCAUCGCGACGCUGGAAUACGACAUCGAAGACUGGAGAAUCAAGAUUAAAAUCGGGGGCCUCGGGGUGAUGGCGCAAUUGAUGGGGAAGAACCUUGGCCAUCAGGACCUCAUCUGGGUCGUCCCGUGCGUGGGAGGGGUGGACUACCCUGUCGACACUCCCGCAGAAAGCAUUGAAGUCACGAUACUCGACCAAGUCUAUGUCAUCGCGGUGCAAUACCAUAUUCUAAACAACAUCACAUACGUGCUCCUCGACGCGCCGGUCUUCAGAAAGCAGACAAAGGCAGAACCAUACCCCCCACGCAUGGAUGACCUCGAAAGCGCAAUCUUCUACUCCGCCUGGAACCAGUGCAUCGCGGCAAUAAUAAAGCGCUUCCCAAUAGACCUAUACCACAUCAACGACUACCACGGCGCUCUAGCACCCGUACACUUGCUCCCAGAGACAAUUCCGGCGGUGCUCUCCCUCCACAACGCAGAGUUCCAGGGCCUCUGGCCGCUCCGCACACCAAAAGAGAAGAAGGAAGUGUGCUCAGUUUUCAACAUCUCUCAGGAGCUCUGCGAGAAGUAUGUACAGUUCGGUGACGUCUUCAACCUGCUCCACGCUGGCGCUUCAUAUUUGCGUGUCCACCAGCGUGGCUAUGGGGCCGUAGGUGUUUCGGCAAAGUACGGUAAGCGUAGUUGGGCCCGGUACCCUAUUUUCUGGGGACUUUCUGGGGUUGGAGAAUUACCGAACCCGGAUCCGACGGAUACGGGGGAUUACGACCCCAGUCGGCGGGAUAGUACGGAGACGGUUGUGGAUGCGGAGUUUGAAGCUGGGAGGGCGGAACUGAAACGGCAGGCUCAGGAGUGGGCUGGUCUGGAACAGAACCCGGAUGCCGAGCUACUGGUAUUCGUGGGGAGGUGGUCGAUGCAGAAGGGGAUUGACCUGAUCGCUGAUGUAGCGCCGCAGCUGCUCAAAGAGAAUAAGAACCUGCAGUUGCUGUGCGUUGGCCCGGUCAUUGAUCUCUAUGGAAAGUUUGCUUCCAUGAAAUUGCAGAGGCUUAUGGAGGUUUACCCUGGAAGGAUCUACUCAAAGCCUGAGUUUACUUCUCUACCGCCGUUCAUUUUUAGGUACUAUAUUCCCCCAUAUUCUUGAUGCUUUCCAAUCAGAGAUACUAACGAGCUAAAGUGGUGCCGAAUUCGCGUUAAUCCCCUCCCGCGAUGAGCCCUUUGGUCUGGUCGCCGUCGAAUUCGGCCGCAAGGGUGCUCUAGGGAUUGGCGCCCGCGUUGGUGGUCUUGGGAACAUGCCGGGAUGGUGGUUCACCAUCGAAUCAACUACACCCGCCCAUCUCCUAGCCCAGUUUGAAGCUGCAAUUCGUGAAGCACUUGCAUCGCCGCCCGAAGUUCGCGCACGUAUGCGGGCUACCUCUGCCAAGCAGCGCUUUCCGGUAAUGGUGUGGGUGAAGCAGCUCGAGAGACUCCAAGCCGGUGCGAAGCGGUAUACUCGUAGUUUAGGCGCUCCUUCAGAAGUACAUCUCCCCAAGCCGGCCCCUAUCCUGGAUGGACAGCUCGCACCCCCGAUCGGAGAAACCCCAGAUGGCCUGAGGGCUCCCGGAUCGUCUUCCGAAUCCGACAUGGAUAUUACCCCGGCCGACGGAUUGCUAGUACCCCCACCCAUAGCUCCCUUCGUGAGCGCCGAUUCCCCGAACUCUUCAAGGCUAAGUCUUGCUAGUGUUGUCGGGGAGCGAACAGACUACUGCCUUCAAAAGGUAAAUGCAAACUUCACCGAUGCUGACGGGAGUGCCUCGAAAGCCUUUGAACAGGAACUCGCCCGCAUGGACGGCAAGUCUGGAAAGACUGACCUCUGCAUCGAAGAGUACCUGAUGAAGUGCGAGAAGAAGUGGUUCAAUGAAGUAAGGUUACGAAAGCUGGGGAUGUACUCUGCAAAUAGUUCCCGCUCGGAUGUUACUACCGAGCUGGAGGGGCCCAGGAGCACUAGCCCUUCUCCCUGGGAUAUGUUGGUGGAAGGACAGGGGUUCAAGCCGCCUACGGGUUUGAAGAGAUUCAUGAUGAGGAAGAUUGGGGACUGGCCGUUGUAUAGCUUUUUCUUGGCGAUUGUUUGUUCCACCGUUCCCCCUACUUGCAAUGACAUCAUGCUAAUGGUCCCCAGGGCCAAAUCAUCGCAGCAAACUCCUACCAAAUCACCCUCCUGACGGACCAAGUCUCCCUCACGGCCGACCGUCUCUACGUGAUUUGCUCAAUCUACAUAGGCGCUUCAGUAGCCUGGUGGUUCGUCUUCCGCUAUCUAAAGUCCGUCUGGUGCCUCUCUCUUCCUUUCCUACUAUACGGGCUCGCAUUCUUCCUCGUUGGACUGUCCGUCCUGCCGCCGCUGUUCGAGCGCAGGUACUGGCUCGGCAACGUCGGUACGGGAUUAUACGCCGCGGCUUCGGCCAGUGGAUCGCUAUACUUUGCCCUCAAUUUCGGAGACGAAGGCGGUAGUCCUGUUAAAGAUUGGGUGUACCGCGCGUGUAUUAUCCAGGGCACGCAGCAGUUCUACGUCGUUGCGUUGUGGUACUGGGGGUCCAAACUCACCGCCCGGGCUGUGGACGGUGCGCUCCAGGAUAGCGCUCCGAGUCCAGUUGUUGCCGCCAUAAUCAUCCCAGUCGCUGUCGCUUUCUGGGCGAUCUGUAUCAUCCUCGCAUUCGGGCUCCCAGACUACUACCGCCAGCUCCCCGGUAAAGUGCCCGCCUUCUACAGCGCCAUCCUCCGCCGCAACAUCGUCAAAUGGUUCUUCGUCACGGUGGUCAUACAGAAUUAUUGGCUGUCCGCACCCUACGGUCGGAAUUGGACGUACCUCUGGAGUAGCGUGCACGUCGCCCAAUGGAAGAUCGCGCUAUUGGUGGUCCUCUUCUUCGUCAUCGUCUGGUCCGGCAUACUCAAACUUUUCGCCAUCCUCUCGAAGGAGCACUCCUGGAUUCUCCCCGUCUUCGCCAUCGGCCUUGGAGCCCCGCGUUGGUGUCAGAUGUUCUGGGGUAUCUCGAAUAUAGGUCUGUACCUCCCAUGGGCGGGCGGUCCCGAGGCUAGCGCCCUGAUCGGACGCUCGCUCUGGCUCUGGCUUGGGGUGCUCGACUCAAUCCAGGGAGUCGGCCUCGGGAUGAUACUCCUACAAACGCUCACGCGUAUGCACGUUGCCUUCACGCUCCUCGGUGCCCAGGUUUUUGGGUCGUUGGCCACCAUCGCGGCCAGGGCUACCGCUCCGAACAAUAUCGGCCCCGGGGAUGUGUUCCCUGACUUUAGCUCUUGGAGAUUCGGUGAGGAUGCGGAAGUUUUCAGGAAGAUUUACUUUUACAUUGGGCUGGGAUUUCAGAUUUUUAUUUGUGUGGGGUAUUUUAAGUUUUUCAGGAAGGAGCAGUUGACAAAGCCUUAAUGCGUUUGUAGUUGUCGCGGUGACAUGAUACCUUGUACUGUACCUGUAUAUAUAUUUUUUCUUUCCUUUACCUUACCGGCGCUUGGCCUAAUCACCUUUUCCCUCUUUUGUUUCGGGUGGAGUUCUUUUGUUUCCCAUUUUGCAUGGCCGGGGGGAGGGGUUCCGGGAUGGGUCGUAUUUAGCACCGGAUAGGCCCCCCCUCUAUGGGAGGUAGUUUACGGUAAUCUUUUUUCGGCAUUGAAUGGUUGAGAUUUUGAUAGGAUAAAUCAGCUACAGUGCUUGUACGAUAGAUUUAAUCUCAAGUUGGUAGAAUAAAGAUUAAUAAAGUCUGUAGAG